CCAAUGCACCAAGUAAUUUUUGUUUUCAUUAUAAACUCAAAAUAUUAAAUUGUAAUUAUAAUUUUGUAAUUUAUAAUUUAUUGCCAAAUUGUACAUAUGUUCAGGGAUAUAACCCCGCCGUACAUAUACUUCGUCAUGGGUUGGGUACGAUCGGGGUUGUUACCUGGCUGUUGCUUGGUGGAAGAGAUUUGAGAGACAGCGAAAUGGCUCAGAUUAGAGAUUUAGAUGACGUUGUGGGCCAGUUUUUAUCAUCUAUGUCAGACUUUCUAUCGGACGCCGUCACGGGGAGUGGCGUUCGUUUAGAAUGUGUAUUGUCUGGUAAAAAUUCCAGUGACGUAAUAUCAUUGUUGUCAACGUAUGGAUCCCGGAUGGUCCAAUUUUGUUUAUCAGAAAAUUUAUUGUUAUAUUCAUCCAAAAAUUGGCCAUAUUAUAUUGACUCGAGAAUAACUGCCAUUCUUCGAAAACUGAAGGAGGCCAUAGACAUUGCUCAUACAGUAAAACUGGAUAGAAACGUUUUGGCUGAUAUUUAUGAUUUUGAAUUAAUUUUGAGAUUUCACGUAUUCGGGGAAUCUCAGUUUUUGGAUUCCAACCGAUUAUCGGUAUUGUUUCCCUGUAGGCAGAUUGUACCGGGCCGUCGUCGGAAGAGUCGACGCGACGACGACGGCUUUGUCCGGUAUAAUCCAUCUGCAGUUGGUUUUAAUAUACAAUUCCAUCAAAUAAAUUUGUUUGGGCAUGUGCCCAUCGGGCCCUAUGUUAGGAAGGAUUUAACAAGAUCAUUUGGUAUCGUGACUGCCGAUGUCCUGUCCUGUUGCCCAUUCGAAGUUAGUUGGGUCGUUUCAAUUGUUUGAAUCUUUUUUGUCUUUUUUUGCUUCUAUUUUCAGGCCGCUGAACAUUGGAUAAUUUUAUUGUACAACAUAGUAUCCAGGGAUUGUGGCAUGGC